UACUGGGACCUGCCCAAACAAUACAGACAUCAGGACAUAUCGCUGGAUACACAGUGCCGUAUAUUUUGAUUUUAUUUUUGAUAGGUUUUCUCCUGUUUAUUUCUUCAAAGACUUGGUGCCUCUAAAAUGAGCGGCGCCGGGGCAGGUAUUUUUAAAGCUCGUUGAAACGAUGUGAUAGCACAGUAACGAUCGCCAGCCCUUGUUAGCUACCGUUAGCAAGGUGUCAGAUGCUAGCCGAUGUAGCUAACGUAUGCUAUGUGUAAACCCGGCAGCUAAUAGAAAAAGUUGUUUCAGAGAAGGGUUUUGUCAGGGACAGUAACGUAACGUCGACCAGCUGUUGAACAUUUUUGUGUGUUAGGUGCAAGUCAACAAGGCGACCAACCGGCAACGUCCGAUGUGUUUAUAUCCAUUAGCAACCUUGCGUGGUUAAAAUCCAAGCUAGCAAGAGAACAUUAGCUUAGCUGCUACAUAAACGACAACAUCCACCAAGCUGGACAAAACUUUGGAUUUAGUCGGGUUUAAAUCGGGCUCGGCGGGUUCGCUGACCCCCCAGAAGAAGAUGAAGAAGAGGAAGGAGUUAAAUGCCUUGAUCGGACUCGGGGACAGCAAGAGAAAGAAGACCAAAAAGGGGUCCGGCCACCGUCUUCUCCGGACCGAGCCGCCGGACUCAGAGUCCGACUCGAGCUCGGACGACGACGAGUUCAACAACAUGAGCAGCGGAGCUAACUUUGGGAAAAGAAGCUACACGCAGUGCUGCAAUGUGUGUUACCCCUUGUUCCUGUUCAUCAUACUAGCUGCCUGUGUUAUGGCCUGUGCUGGACUCAUAUGGAUGCAGAUUGCUCUGAAAGAAGAUCUAGAUGCACUAAAAGAAAAGCUACACAGCAUGGAGUCCAGCCAGAAGGUGUCAUCAAGUGAAAUACCAAAACUAAGUGAGGACCUGAAAAACAAAGAGAGAAAGCUUGAUGACAUUGAAAACGGGGACAAGGGGUUGAGCAAGCUCUGGUCUAACCUAACAGAAAUGAACAGAAAGAUCAGUUUGCUGGACUCCGCAGUAAACCAUUUAAAGGCCAACUUGAAAUCAGCCGCUGACUUAGUCAGUCUUCCCACUACAGUUGAAGAGCUUCAAAAGAGUGUCGCUACAAUUGGCAGUACACUAACAAGUGUUCAGCACGAUGUGAAGACUAUGCAGGCUGCUCUUGAAACUCAGAAGAAAGAUGACGACUCGAAGAAGACAAUGGACAUAACAGACCUGAGAGAAGCUGUGAGUGAGGCUAACAAGACGGAGGAGCUGCACCAUACGCAGGCCGAUAAGCAGAUCCACAUCCUCCUCUCUACGGUUGCAGAUCUUCAUCAGAGAGUGAUGUUAUUAGAGAAUGGGUCAAAGCAAAGUUCAAAAGACAAUGAUGCUGCAACUCAACUGCCAGUCACCAGUGAAAGUCCAGCAGCCGAGCAGGUGAAUGAAGCUACUACAACCAAAGCAACACUUGGGGAUAUGCAAGAGAUGUCCACACCACUGACAGAGCCUCAGGCAAGCAGACGUCCACGUUUCUUAACUCCAAAUCGCUCUAAGAGAAAUGUUGAGACAAGGUGCCCAAGGACUGUGUUCCUGCCUGGUGUCAGUUCUCUGAAAGACUUAGAAGACAUCUUCCAGCAGGCAGGCAUUGGAUAUAAUUCACCCGGAUUGACCCACCACUCUCUGAGCAAAGUAUUUGGAACGUCAACUCCUAGUGCUCGUACCAUGGAGUGCUUUGACAGAGACGGGGAUCGGAGGUACUCCCUGAUGGAGCUGAGAGCUGCUGUAGGUUUGUGAGCACAGUAUCACUGACAGCACUGAACAGUAUUGGAAUACCCAGCGGGGUCUGGGGGGUUCAGAGGUCCCGACCCUUUUCUGUAAUUGCUGCACUUUUGUGAACUGAAUAUUUAUCAUACUGAUUGUGGAACAGUGGCGCUGGCAUGCCCCCUACUCACUCCCCCUCCUUGGUCCAUCAAAAGAACCUCUUCCACAAAACACGAUCUUAGAUUUUAAAAGUUAAUCCAUUUUAGUACCUGUAUGCAGAAUAUUCAGCUCUUAUUUUAACAAAUCCCAUGGUUAGUAUGAGGAAACCAUGGAAAUAAGUGCUGGGAAUUAUUCUGAGUCCCAUUUUCAACCCUCAGUUCUCAGUCUUGCUGUUUUCCUGUACCUGCUUUUUCCCCCCCCCCAACUGAUCUGUUUCUUCUUGAUGUGAAGUUUUUGUGUAUUUAGCAUUUCUGGAGGCCGUAAUUGUCAGUCCUUUGCAGAUGUCCCCACCCAUCAACACAAACACCUGGUACAACUCACCUGAACCUUAUUUAUAGAACCUGAGAUAGAAUUCAGUGAAUGUUUACAAAUGACUACUAGAAACAGAAUUUUUGUGUCUUUUGGUUGGUUUUUAGACAGAUUCCUAACUUCACUGAAACACACAAUUGAGCUUAGGAGGGAGGACUGUUCACUUCUAAGCUAAACAGGGUUUCAGAUUUUGUUGUUUUUUCCUUCAUUUAUCUCCAGUUCGUUGCUACAUUUUGAUUGAAAUUGUGUGUUUAGUCCAUCUGUACAUUUAUCUAUAUUUUUGCAGUUUUAAGUUCUACAAGUUUCGAAGGGCUAUGAACACUUUGAAUCAUUCAGAGAGAAUUUUGAAGUGGUAAUUCAUGAGACAUAUGUAGCAAUAACAAAAUGACAUAGAUAUUGCUUGUUUAAAGUUGCAGUAGACAGAGGGCACACCUAGCUCACAAUGUGUAACAGGUAGUAUAAGAAGCACUGAUCACUCUCUACUUGAUUCAUUUUAUUCCAUUUUUAUGGGCCUAAUAAUGGUGUAUUUACAUAACAGAUUUGUCAUACUCAAACAUUGUUGUAUUCUGUACAAAUGGUUUAAAUGUAUUCUCAGAUUAUCUUGUGGGGGGGGGUCGAGCUGGUAAGAUUUACUUUACGGUCUUAAUCUUAACAUUGUACAUUUUUUAAAAUAAUUCUCUUGUGCUUUGCAUGUUGCUUAUAAUGUAACAUGAACCAAUUAUUUAUAAACCUAACAUAGUCGACUACUUGUUUUUGCAGGACAAUGGUUAGUUGAGCUCAAAUUGUAACAGCUUUGGCCAUCAUGAAAUAGGUUUUUGGAUCCAUGCUGCUACUGUACAUGGGGGAUUUUAUGAAUGUGUUUUUGUGUGAGCACCAAUGAAUAAACACACAAUUAAAACGUU